AUGGAAGACAGCUCGUCAGCCUUCAAAGUUAUCAUUGUGGGCGCCGGUGUCACGGGCCUGACACUGGCUCACUGUCUUGACAAAGCAGGCGUCGACUUUGUCCUGCUAGACAAGGGCAUCGUGGCCCCGAGCUUCGGAACUACCAUCACGUUGCAGCCGCACGGAUGCCGAAUCCUGCACCAGUUGGGCUGUCUGGAUGCCGUGCUGGCCAUAUGCGAUACCAUGGGCGGCGCACACUGCCGCGACCCGUCCGGCAAAAGCUUUGCUUCGAAUGACUUUUUCGGGGUUGUAAGGGAGUUCGCUGGCUACGAUACUAGAACGCUUGAUCGGCAACUAUUCCUACGCACUCUUUAUCAACAGUUACCAGACCAGUCCAAGGUGCAUGAGAAAGCACGUGUCGAGGAAAUAAUCGAAGAGAACUCCAAGACUCGUGUCGUCUUGGCGGACGGGCGUAGUUUCAUCGGUGAUGUGGUGGUUGGUGCAGACGGCGUGCAUUCCAAGGUUCGCGAGAUCAUGUGGGACAAGGCCAACGAGGCGAACCCGGGCAUGAUCACGGUUGAAGAGAAGCGAGCCAUGGUAACCCAGUACAACGCCAUCGUGAUGUCAUCCUCGCCAGUGCCCGGACUUGGCGCGCAUGAUAUGGAGGUAACCUCGAACGACAAAUUCUCUUUCCUUCUCCUCUGUCAACCGGACUGGAUCUCGAUUAUCGUGCACAGCAAGCUUCCCGAGGACCAGCAGUGUACCUGGCCAACGCGUAGGCGGUAUGACGAGGCCGAUAUGGAGGCACUCGUGAGCAAGAUCUCCGAGUGUCCCAUCACGGAGACGGUCGUAUUCGGGGAGUUGUGGAAACGGAGGCUGAAGGCACAGAUGAUUUCGCUCGAGGAGGGCGUGUUGAAGCACUGGUUCUUUGGGAGAAUCAUCUUGGCCGGGGACGCUGUCCACAAGGUCACUCCCAACUCGGCCCUCGGCGGCAACACAGCAAUGGAAGACGCCGUCACUCUCGCAAACACUAUCCAUGGCCUCCUGGUCAGGCAUCCGAACAAGAAACCCAGUGACGUCGAGCUGCGUGACGCGAUUCGAGACGAGUACCAGGAUGCUCGCGUCGACCGCGCGCGCGCCAUCGUGAAGGUCGGCGGCGAUCUGACGCGGCAGCAGGCCUACGACGGAUGGAAGGCGUACUUUGUACAGCGGUGGCUGACGCCCUUCGUGGGCCUGGACACGCUGGCGAAGAACAUUGCAGGGCUGUGCGUCACCGCUCCGAAGCUCAGCUAUGUCGAGUUCGAGGAGCGGAGAGGUGUUUUGGGGUGGCAGGACACCAUGGCUGCUGAAAAGGAGCGGGAGGUGCGGGAGACGGGCCGUGGUGGAAAGCGGGAUGAGAACCUGAAGGGUGGCAGCCGGUUCAUGGUGUCGUGGGGCGGCUGGAGUGGAGGCUUUGAGGCUGUCUUCCCUCAGGUGCUUGGAGUCUUGACGGUCUUGUGGGUAGCAACUUGGAUGUUCCAUCUUGCGUUCUCCAGCCAGCAAAUUCCUGGAUUUGGAAGGGAGGUAUGGCAUCUGGUGGGAAGCGGGAAUGGAACGUACCAGAUGGUAGAGUAG